AUGGCUGUCGGAUACGCCAAAGACCAGCCGGCCGGCUUUACCAACCGCAUUGAAAAGGUCGCCAUUGUCGGGUGUAAGGCCGGCGGCUCGAUCGGAAAACACCUCACCGACCAGCUGAUCAAGAACGGAAAGCAUGUUAUCACCGCCAUCACACGCCCCAGCAGCACCAAGAUGCCCGCAGGCGUCCAUGUGGCCCGCGUCGACUAUGGCAGCGACAACGACAGCGCCCUUGUCGAGGUCCUGCGCAGCCAACAGGUGCUCCUGAUCACAAUGAACGUCAUGGCCCCGCCCGACACCAUCGUGAAGCUGAUCCGCGCGGCUGCCAAGGCCCGUGUGCCCUACAUCCAGCCAAACUGGUACGGGCACGAGGCGGCCAACGACUCCCUCUGCGCCGACAGUAUGCUCACAGCCAACCGCGACCGGGUGAUCAACGAGAUCCAGAGACUGGGCGUGAGCGCUUACCUCUUCCUUGUCUGCAACUUUUGGUACGAGUUCAGUCUGGGCGGGGGGCCUGACCGGUUCGGGUUCGAUUUUACCAAGCGCACCUUCACCAUCUUUGACGAUGGGGAGAUCCCGAUCAACACGACCACCUGGCCGCAGUGUGGGCGGGCUGUGGCUAAACUGCUAUGUCUGAAGGAACUCCCCGAGGACGAGAACGACACCUCGCCCACCCUGUCGCAGUUCGCGAACAAGUCGGUCUACAUCUCGAGUUUCCGACUCACGCAGAAGGAGAUGUUUGAGAGUGUGAAGCGCGUGACGGGCACGACCGAUGCCAACUGGACAGUCACCCGGGACUCGGUGCAGGAGCGCUUCAGGGAGGGACAGGAAGGCAUGAAAGUGCACAACUGGAAGGCGUUUACCAAAAUGCUGUAUAGUCGGAUGUUCUUUAACAACGGCGAUGGCGAUUAUGAGUCUAAGCGGGGGCUGGACAACGCGGUGCUAGAGCUACCGGUGGAGGAAUUGGAUAAAGCCACGAAGGAGGGCAUUCGCAUGAGCGAGAGCGGCGAAGUGCUAUUCUCUCACUGA